CAGCGCCGCCGUGUGGCAGAAGCAAGAAGCUGUCAGCGCGUCACUUCCGCUCUGUGCGGCCCUGGCAGCUCCUAAAGUCGCUAGCAGCACAUUUUGCCAUUAUUCCCCUCCGUGUAUUUACAUUUCUACAUCCCAUAACAUGAAGGCUCUCGCAUUGGCCGGAAAUAUACGCGCACAAUGACGUCGCCAAUAGGAAUUAACUGUAUGGGUUUCUGUGGCCAAUCAAAUGACAAAAAGAACUGCUAAAAGCCCGGCCCCUCUCCGCUACUCUUCUUUUUUAUAUAAGAAAUAAGUCCUGGCGGUUCAGCCAAUCAGGAAGACAUUGCGUGGAUCACACGCCUCUGAUAGACUCCGCCCAUAAUCUUUGAGUUCUCUCUCAGGUCCUCUCCAGCUGCAUAUAAAGAAGUAGAAGACGACGAGUAGAUAAAUUGUGAUUCAAGCACUGACAUAAAAUGUCUGGACGCGGCAAAGGAGGAAAGGGACUUGGGAAAGGAGGCGCCAAGCGGCAUAGAAAGGUGCUCCGGGACAACAUCCAGGGCAUCACCAAGCCCGCCAUCCGCCGCCUGGCACGGAGAGGGGGAGUCAAGCGCAUCUCUGGUCUCAUCUAUGAGGAGACUCGUGGGGUUCUCAAGGUUUUCCUGGAGAAUGUAAUCCGGGAUGCCGUCACCUACACUGAGCACGCCAAGAGGAAGACCGUUACCGCCAUGGAUGUGGUGUACGCUCUCAAGCGCCAGGGCCGCACUCUCUACGGCUUUGGCGGAUAAAUCUUUCUUCCAACUAAUCUUAUACCCAAAGGCUCUUUCCUGGCCACUCCAUAUUAGCAUUACAUACGGGGGAUUCCCCGUCCCCGCCCCCUGACCAGAUAGUCCCUCCCUCCUAAGCCUUUAAAAGGUACCCCUGGAGCACACUCACCUUGUCUUUUUUCUUUCUGUCCUCACUCUUCUUCUGACCUGAGGGUUUUCUCCUGGUUGGGUUCAUUCCCUAAGCCCUCGAGCUUUACAGGUGAAU